GUGCCUUGGGGUAUCAUCAGUGGUCAUUACAAAUUGAAUAAAGGAUUGACCAAUAUGCCGUGGCUGAGUCUAUAAGUUGUUAUUUCUGCUUUGAGCCUAAACAUUAUUUCUGUCAUUAUGGGAUCCAAUCACCUUCCAUUCUUUGUUUGUUUUAUCUAUAUUCUUUAAGUUUAGUCUUGAGAUCAAAGCGUGCAAAGUCUUCUUUUUUCUGUAUCGAGUUCACAGCUUUUGUAGCUUUGAUUUUGUUCAAAUUUAUAAAAUCCUAUCUAUAUCUUCGUCUCUGUUUCUUAGCCUUGUUUCCCGUGUCUAUCUUUAUCUUUUUGUGGUGCUUCUCUAAUUUGCAUUUGCAUAGAAUUUGAAGUUAGUUCAAGGUUCAAAAGAAGUUAUGGUGUGCCGAGGAGCUAAUCAGACGAGAUUUAAGGCAUUAAAACAUGAAAACAGGAUUGCUGGAAGAACAACCAUUAUAGUUAGAGUUAUAGCAUGCUUUCAACCCUUGCAGAUUUGCCAGGCUGAAUAUUUUCGCCAGUUGUUAAAACCUGUUACGUAGAUUGAUCCUGAAGUUUCCAUCAUCACACCAAGCUAGCAAUACAGCUUUCUUUCCCUCUUUUUUUAAGCAUUCCUGAAAGUAAUUAAUUGGCGGUUUAAAUACGAGCAUUAUCCUGGUUGUUUUGGCUGGAUGGUUACAUCCAAAGAAUUACAGACUCGUCGAGAGUUUUCUGCAUGGAAUUCACGUGGGCCAACUUUGGACGGCAUGGCACCAAUGCAGCUGGGGCAAACCUAUAGUUUGCCAUGUUCGUCCACAUUUUCUGUUGACAUGGCAUUUCCACCAUAUCCAGUUUCUGAAUUACCUAAUUUCAACUCGGCACAACUAAAUAGAGCUGAUGGCUUCUUCAAAGGGUUGCCUCCUCUUUGGGAGAGUUCGUCUCCGUCCAUACAUCCAUAUUUAAAAGAGUCUCAAUGUGCCGUACCCCAUGGGCUCGGGGUUAGUGCUAGCAGAAUUGAUGCUUCGCACACUUGUCGGAAAAGGUUCCUCGUUGUUGAUCAGUCCGGAAAUCACAUGAGAGUAUUUUUUAACCCUUUUCUCCCUCCUCAAAAUCAGGUUGAUUCUUCUAAGACUCCUCCAGGCGUUCAUGCCUCCUGUAAUGAGAAACUAGCACUUCAAGUAGAGAAACAAUCCUUGGUGAAGCCUGUUGUUCAAGAGAAAUGGGAGGAAAAUCAUUUAACAAAUGGAGGAAGUGAGAUGCAUGAAGACACUGAAGAAAUCGAUGCUUUACUUUAUUCUGAUAGCGAUGAUGAAUAUGAUGAUAAUGAUGAAGCAACUAGCAAGGUCCAUACUUCAUUUGGCAUUGAAGAUGCUUAUGACAAUGACAUACAACUUGGGGAACUUAUUGAAGAAGUUGCGAGUUCUGGUGGCUCGACUAAAAGGAAAAGAUUGCUUGAUGGUAGAUACAGAAUAUCAUCUCUGUUGGUCGAUGGAAGCCCUGUGAAAAUGACUACUUCAUGCAACUACGAAGAUGAUGCGGAGUCAAGUGUUGCCCGCAAGAUGAACUCCUUUGAUGAUUUCAAUUCCACGAAAAGAUUGGAGAAAGUUAAAAUCCACGAGACACUGAAGAUCCUCAAGAGUAUUAUUCCCGGGUUAAAGAGUAAGGAUCCACUGUUGAUAAUUGAUAAAGCUAUCGAUUAUUUGAAAUCCUUGAAACGUGAGGGCGAGUCCAUGGGAGUUAGCUACCCUCAGGUUUCAAGUGGUGCUGUUGGUUGAUCAGACAACUCGACCUAAGGGCAUUGAGAAACCGGUUUGUUAAAUAAAAUUAUUGAUGGAUUUGAAAGUAUUAAGGUAGCUUUUUCUUUAGUGAAACCUUUACAAUGCUUUUCACUCUAAGUAAGGAGCUUAAUGGAUGAAUUUUGCUCUUUAUUCUCAUUACUCUCAAGUAGUGAAGAAAAAAUGAGCUCUACAGUUGACUUCUAAUGAUUAUUUUUGAGCCUUUUGGGGAUUAUUAAAGCAAGUAUGAAGGUUUGAAUGGUGUGGUGUGCUGUAAUUGAGGAUUCCUUUUUCUGGGAUUGAUGAUCACACCGUGGAUUAAGGGCAUGCGCAUUUGGUGAUCAGGUCCCACCCUCCAUUCUCAUUCCCAUUUGUUUCUUGAUUUUAUGCUUUUUUUACCUUGAAAAUCUGGUCUUUAUGAGGGUUCUUACUGAGGGGGACCCCCAAAAGAUUCAUCUUCAAUUUGUGUGUUUCCCACUUGUGAACUUUCGUAUAUUAUGUUUGGAGUGAAUCUGUGUCCUUUAGUUCUAUUAUUAUCAAGUAUUAUUGUAAUAAAUGUUAAAUGGUUUGUGAAUGUUUCAA